AGACAUAUGGAACAAAUGAACAAUGUGACUGAAUUUGUCCUUUUGGGGCUCACUCAGAGCCUUUGGGGUCAGAAAAUAAUACUUGUCUUGGUCUUGUUCAUCUACAUCGUGACGAUGGUGGGCAACCUUCUCAUCGUUGUGACCGUUGUGGUCAGCCCAAUCCUCAAUGCCCCUAUGUACUUCUUUCUUGGUUACUUAUCAUUAAUGGAUGCUGUGUUUACUACGACGGUCAUCCCAAAUAUGAUGAGAGACAUACUCUAUGAGAAGAAAACCAUUUCUUUCCAAGCUUGCAUGAGCCAGCUUUUUCUAGGGCACUUUAUUGGUAGUGCUGAGAUUUUACUCCUAGUGAUCAUGGCCUACGACCGUUACAUGGCCAUCUGCAAACCUUUGCAUUAUUUGACAAUCAUGAAUCAACGAGUGUGUAUUGUGCUGCUGCUGUUGGCUUGUGUUGGAGGUUUUUUGCAUGCUGUACUUCAUCUUCUCUUUGUUUACAACCUUCCGUUCUGUGGCCCCAAUGUCAUUGAUCACUUCAUCUGUGACAUGUACCCCUUAUUGAAACUUGCCUGCACUGACACCUACAUAAUUGGCCUCAGCGUGGUUGCCAAUGACGGGGCCAUCUGCGUGGUCAUCUUUGUGCUGUUAAUCAUCUCCUAUGGGGUCAUUCUGCACUCCCUGAAGAAUCUCAGUCAGGAAGGGAGGCACAAAGCCUUAUCCACCUGUGGCUCUCAUAUCACCGUGGUAGUCCUUUUCUUUGUCCCUUGUAUUUUUAUGUAUGUGAGACCCGCUUAUACCUUACCUAUUGAUAAAUCUUUGACUGUAUUUUACACCAUUAUCACCCCUAUGUUGAACCCCUUAAUCUAUUCUCUGAGAAAUGGAGAGAUGAAAAGUGCCAUGAGAAAACUGUGGACCAGAAAAAGAAAAUGA